AUGGCUUCCACUACCAACAGUGGUUUCCCAACCAACUUUAUCUUGACCCCGCAGCAGCAGAGCCUGCUCUACGCCGCUCUCAACUCCAACAAGCAGCAGCUCGCGAACCAGUCUCCCACCACCAAGGAUAACUCAAUGUCGCCUUCCUCUUAUCAGACAUCGCCGGCGCAGGGCGCCGCCGCCACCGGUUUCCAAGAGAGUCCCCACCUCGACAACUACGACUACGACUUUGGUGACUCGAGCUUCGACUUUGAUGUCAGCACCGUGGGCCAGGCCAAGAUGAUCGGCGACAUCCCUGGUGGCGCUCAAUCGGCCAAGUCAACCAAGUCCGACUCGACUGAGAAUGAUGGAAACGACAAGAGAUCUCACCCUGACGACGACGAAGAUGAGGAUUCUCCAGGCAACGACGCAAAGAGACGCGAGGGUAGCGAGAAGGCUCCCAAGAAGCCCGGCCGUAAGCCGCUUACUUCCGAGCCGACCUCAGCACAGAACCGCGCUGCGCAGCGGGCAUUCCGUGAGCGCAAGGAGAAGCACCUGAAGGAUCUCGAGACAAAGGUCGAAGAGCUUGAGAAGGCGUCCAAGGACGUUAACAGCGAAAACAGCCAACUCAAGGCAAAGAUCGACCGCAUGACUUCUGAGCUCAACGAGUACAAGACAAAGAUUGCGGCCAUGAGCACCCGCUCAGUCUCCCACAGCAAGUCCCCCAUGGGCUUUGGAAACUCUGCCAUUGGCAACCUCAGCGACGUCAACUUUCAAUUCGAAUUCCCCAAGUUUGGUGUCUUGCCCGGCUCUCAAAUGCCCACCAAGCCGGCGCAGCCCGCAAGAUCCUCCUCAUCGCCUCUGCAAAUGAACGGAAGCAACCCCGUCAGCCCUCUCAACCACACCAAGGACAACAGCCCUGGUAUUAUUGCAGGGCUUGACUUUGGUACCAAGGACGACCUGGCCAACUUCACUUCUCUCUUCAGCCCUUCGCUUGCCAAUGGGUCAUUGGGCACCAACACAUCGCGCGCCAGUGUCGACUCUGGUUCUUACACCAUGAACAAUGGCACAUCGACAAGUUCACCAUCAGCGUCAUCCCAGUCAAAUGGAGGCCCCAGCUCGUCUUGUGGAACUUCCCCUGAGCCCUUCACCCAGUCACCUAUGGGCUUCAAGCCUGUUGAUACCAUGACCACCAUUGGAGAGGAGUCAACUGCACAGCAGUCAUUGUUUGCCGGUAUUGACACAAACAAUUUUGACUGGCUUGCCCAGCAGAAUGGCGGUCAAUUUGAUCCCCAGCUCUUUGGCGGAUACCGCGAACCGCAAGAAAACAUUCUCGCCGCAACUACGUUUGAUGAAAGCUUCUUCAAUGACGCUCUCGAUGCCGACUUCAUUACACCAUACAACAUGGCCCCCAGCCCCAACGUUCCCAAGAAGAAUCUCAUCGAUCAAAUCGACGCUGCCAAGAAUGCAGACGAUGAUGUGGUUAAGGAGGCUGUCAAGGCCGAGAAUUACAACUGCAACAAGAUUUGGUACGUUACACCCCUGCCAGGCGGCAAUUACGAAUCCGACACUGACAACUUUAACAGGGAGAAGCUUCAAACCUGCCCCAGUGUGCAGGCUGGCGAGUUCGACCUCGACGGCCUGUGCUCCGAGUUGCAGAAGAAGGCCAAGUGUUCAGGUCAAGGUCCUGUGGUUUCCGAAACAGACUUCCAGACUGUCGUCAAUAAGUGGAUGGGCAAGGACGCCGCCGCCUGCUUCUCGAACCAGGAGAAGAAUACCCAGGCAAAGGCCUAA